CAAAACACGCGAGCUCACAAAUAUUGGGUAAGUACCGCCCCACUGUUUACAAUAGACCACUUCACAAUGGUAAACAGUGCUGCUCCGCACAGAAAUAAGUACAUAAGGUGCUAAGCUGACGAAUAGUAUGGGCCAUGCCAUACACUGCAGCGCAGCAGAUUACUGAAUACGAGCUAGCCAUCUCAAAGAGGUACACGUGUAGUUGAUACGUCUCGCACGCGAAAAGUAAUAUCUGACAGAUUGGAUGAUCGCGUACAGAGAUCUUAGCACCUUACCCGGAAGUGGUCGUCACGGCCUGUUGACUGUCGAGGUUUGUUGUCACACGGUGAACUCCGGGAGGUGAGAGGUGAGAGAUGGUGGCCUGCAACAUACUACCUGUGUCGGAACACGACGGGACGUGUGUGUUUCCUUAAUGCCUAUAGGAUUUAACAGGGUGCCAUGGCCCCAUGUGGAGUGAGACUCGGGGGGACGGGCCUUUCUUGUCACACCUGUGCGGUUUUCAUUGUGUGUGCUCUCUUGUGUAUUGCGCGUUCUCAGACAUCGCUGGAGAAGGGCGACAUACUCAUUGUCAACACUGGGAUCCAGGUCCCUUUCGGACGGACUGUUUAUUUGGACCCAGUCAACGAGUUACGACUGUCGGUCAGACCGGGGCACAGGUGUGUUGUCACUGUGUUGGACAAUGACCCUUUGUCCCAGCGGCCGGGGAGACUGCUCCCCUCCGAUCACUUCCCAUGCACAUUCGGACCGAGGGAUGUACAAUAUACACACUUCGGCGCACGUGUUCCCGUGGAGGAUACGAUCAGACUACUUAUCAGGUACGACACUGAUAUAGAAUCUCACAUUAUUCCUUUCACUAUCCAUGUAUCUGUCACAUUUGUACAGUUGGAGGUUGUCACAAAAAACCUGCCACUGUCAGCCUCUGUGGGCGCCGUGUCCAACUCCAUCAACAGGAAAAAUACAGAGUUUACUUACGACAGAGCUAACCAGGUGUGUCGACUCACUGUUAUAGGAGCCUCCAGUGGGCUUCCGCGGUUCGGGAUAGUCGCAAAUGGUACAACUGUACCGACAGAUAUAGAAUGUGACCAAUUUCAACAAAUGGGAAUAAAAUACAGAUACUCUAAUAAAAACAACUCCCCAAACAAAGAUUAUAUUCCGAUGGUAGUUGAGUUAUUAGAUGAAGAUGGAGCUAUAAUGAAACAAGAGUAUUUCCAUAAAGUGGUAACGAUAACUGGAGCUCGGACGAACCGUAAGCCCCGUCCAUCGUAUAAUGCAUUCCUAGUGAUGGAAGUGAGUAAUGGUAACGCUAUUGACCAGUUUGUGAUGACUGCGAUCCCCCCGACCGUUCUGGCCGCCGAGGACUUAGAAACACCAAUGGAAUUAGUAGUUUUCAACAUUACAGGACCUCUGGGAGCUGGUCAGGGUCAAAUUGUAAGUACUGACGACAGAGAUCAACCUAUUCAUUCCUUUUACCAGAGAGAUGUUAUUGAUCUGAAAAUAGCCUAUAAACCACCUUCCAUAGACUCAAAUACACCCCGAACCUUUACGGUAGAAUUCCAGGUCAUAGAUUUGGACGGAGCAAAAUCGGACCCCUUUCCUUUAAUCAUAGUUGUCAACCCGAUGAACACCCUGUCCCCUGUGGUCACUCUUAACACGGGUAUACAGUUGUAUGAAGGUCAGUCUAGACAACUUCUUAGCUCUCAAAAUCUUCAGAUUUCUGACGAGAACAAUUUAGAAAAAGUAAAAAUAUUCAAAGCGGAUGGAGCGAGACAUGGUGAACUAAGAAUACCUGGUAGCAGAGAGUAUUUUACAGCAGAUGAUCUAGAUAAAGGCCUCGUGGUUUAUCAACACGACGGCAGCGACACCAACAGUGACAAUAUCGUGUUCCGGAUGACCGAUGGUCAACACCAUGUAGAGUUUCUUUUCCCUGUCACGAUUUACCCCGAGGACGAUGAGCCUCCCUUUGUAACUAGUAACACUGGAUUAGAAAUUUAUAAAAAUCAAUUAGCAGAAAUCUCCCAGUUUAAGUUGAGUGCUACAGAUAUUGAUAGUGAUGAUUCAGAGAUAAACUUUAUAUUGGAGCCCCCAUAUUCCAAACAUGGUAAAAUCAUGGUACGACAAUUCCAAGUCCCGAGGGACCCACAGAACUGGCUCUAUAAUAACGGUGUGUACGAACAAGCGGUGUAUCAGUUCACCCAACAGGAUAUCCUGGACGGCAAAGUGUUCUACAAACACACGGCCUCCCACCGAUCAUCUUACGUCACUGACAACAUCAAGUUCAGUCUGGAGGACAGACAUGUACCACCCAACAAGUCGUACCAGCCCUACGCAUUCGUUGUGCAGGUACUUCCUCUGGAUGAUCAGCCUCCGUACCAACACCUCAAUACCAAACUAAAAAUGAAGGUAGAAGAGUUUCAGAUGACAACUAUCAAACGUAAACAGCUACGAUAUACCGAUGAUGACACCAACGAUCGCCAGCUGCAAUACAGAGUUACAUCCCCUUUGUUUGAUACAGAUCAGAACACUCCUUUAAGCGCAGGUAACAUUGUUCUUUGUGAAAACCCUGGUGUUCCCAUCUCAACGUUCACACAAUCCCAGGUGAACCACCAGAAAGUCUGCUACCAGCCACCCAGUGCCGAGCUCGGCAUCACCGCAAGAAUUAUCCAGUUUGGGUUUUCUGUGACCGACACAAACGGCAACGUCCUUGCUGAUCAACGUUUUACAAUUACUCUUCAGCCUAUUGAUAAUCAACCCCCGCGGGUUACCAACACUGGAGCAACUGUUUUAGAAAAUGGAUUAGUGACCUUGACCUCACAAAAUCUAGAUGUGAUUGACCCGGAUACGGAUGAUGAAGAUAUUCGUUUUAUUGUGUCGACUCUUCCUGACUAUGGUGAGGUGAGGAAAGGUGAGCAGACUGUUGUUGUCGGGGACUCCUUCAAUAAACAUGAUAUCAACCGUGGAAGAAUGGUGUAUAUAAAUUCUGGGGAGGAAACAGACAGGGACACAUUUGCCUUGGAGUUAAGUGAUGGGGCCCAUCUAAUUCCUGUACUGUUCACUAUAAAUAUCCGCUCUGUCGAUGACGAAGCCCCUGUUCUUACAGGAACACUCUCAAACACCUUGGAGAUCGAUUUGGAGGUCAAUGAAGGUCAAUCUGUGACUUUAGCAGCCGAUAGGUUCCGAGCGUCUGAUCCGGAUUCUGAUGACCUUACUUUGAUAUUUAUGAUAGAAACUGCCCCGACAAGUGGAGCAAUUUUGAAAUCAGGCCAAAGGGCCACCGACUUUACCCAGCAAGAUUUACAAGACGGUGUUGUCAUGUACCAACAUCUGGGAGGGGAGAUCGGGGCAGAUGCAAGUCGGGAUCGCUUUUCUCUUAUUCUGUCAGAUCGCUCAAGAAAUUUUAUGGUAGAAGGCAACAGGGUAGCGGAAAUCGAGGUGAUUGUGAAAGUUAUGCCGGUUGACAAUCAACCCCCUAAUGUGUUGUUGGGUGCUCAAUUUGGAGUUUUGGAAGGGGAGAAGGAGGCAAUAUUGCCUCGUCACGUCGACGCCAUGGAUGAUGAUUCUGCUGAUGAGAAACUGCAGUGUACAGUAUUAGUUCAGCCCCAGUAUGGUUACAUAGAGAAUUUCUCCCCUGCCCCCGGGUCAGAGAAAUCUAGGGUAGGGAUGCCAGUGACCUCUUUCUUCAUCAAGGAACUGAGAGUAGGUAACGUAAACUAUGUACAGAGUAUACACCGGGGGGUAGAGGAAUAUCGGGAUUCCUUCACUUUCUACUGCUCUGACGGUAUCAACUCUUCACCCGACUACAACUUCAAUAUCUCUAUCUACCCCACGAACGACGAGCCGCCACAAGUAUUUGACAGAGAGUUUGUAGUGAUGGAAGGGCUAGAAAUGAAAAUUGACACCCCAAUCUUGACCGCUGUUGAUCAGGAUGUCCCACCCGAUGAAAUCAUUUUUAUCGUGACCGUUCCUCCAAAACAUGGCCAGAUUUUACAGCAGCGUGGCCUGAUGGGUACAUUUCCUGUCGCUCAAUUCUCUAUGACGGACAUUGACGGCUCGUCAAACAUAAUGUACAAACACGAUGAUUCGGAAACAACUGAAGAUGCAUUUGAGCUUGUGGCAACGGAUGGGAGAUUUAAUGUUACAAAGAAAAUACCCAUAGCCAUCAUCCCUGUGGACGAUGAAACGCCCCGAUUAUCUGUCAAUACUGGGAUAGAAAUUGAAACAGUGGGGGAAAAGAAAAUGAUUUCCAAUUCAGUCCUUAGGGCAGAAGACUUGGAUUCUCCUGACCCCAAUAUCACUUUCAUUAUUCGCCGCAUGCCAAAACAGGGAAUGUUAUUGUUGGAUAAGGUCGGAUUACCAGAACAAAACUUGACCUUGGGGUCAAAGUUCACUCAGUAUGACAUUGAUAACCAGUGUGUAUUUUACAUUCACACUGGAUUAGAGGGCAGAAGGGACAUCAUAAAAUUUGAGAUUACAGAUGGACUAAAUCCUCUUGUAGACCGAUACUUCUAUGUCACUGUCGCUGGUUUGGAUCUCAUUUACCCAGAGGUCAUAAACAAAGGUUUACGACUACCAGAAGGAGGCUCUGUUGUCUUGACUACUGACAUCAUCAGCGGUAGGGAUUCAAAUUCUCCUGAUGAAGACCUUGUUUUUACCAUUACCAACGUUCCUCAGCAUGGAUAUCUCGAGAACCUUGACAAUCCCGGGGUUCCAAUUACUACAUUCACACAGAUUGAUCUAGCAGGUUACAAAAUUCGCUAUACCCAUACCAGCGAAAGUGAGGUCAAGAUGGACCGGUUCGAGUUUGAGGUUACAGAUGGCACCAAUCCUGUGACCAGGAUGUUUCGUAUUGCCCUGACAGAUGUUGACAACAAGAAGCCAGUGCUUAUGUUUGGGACUCUUCUCGUAAUGGAGGGAGCUAACAAACUUAUUACACCCUUCGAACUGAAGACUAUUGACAAGGAUACUCCGAGUCACAGCAUUGAGUAUACUCUCACUCAGAUUCCUCUCCAUGGAAACAUCUUGUAUGAUCACUCGCGGAUUGUAACGAUGUUUACGCAAGAGGACAUAGAAUUAAACAAAAUCAGUUACCAACACGACGGUUCAGAAACGCUAUCGGACAGUAUCUCCUUCACGGUGACAGACGGUACGCACAGCGAUUUCUACAUUUUUCUGGAGACUGAGCGAUCUCUCCGUCACCCCCAGACCCUCCCCAUCGAAAUUCUUCCUGUGGAUAACGCUGUGCCCCACCUCACCAUCAACCUUGGUGCGACUUCCCUCACACCCGUACUUGGAGGAGGCUGGGGUUUCACGUUUGACAGCAAUGUUCUGCAGUGUGAUGACCGAGACAGCUCUGCGGACAAUCUAGUUUAUGAACUGACCGUCUAUCCUCAGUGGGGUCAUCUGGUACACAUGGGGAAACAUCAAAGUAACAUCUCGACCUGGACACAAGUUGACAUCGACCAGCGUGAGAUCCGGUAUGUCCUGGCCAAGGGAGCAACAGUCACUAGCGAUAUCUUCUUCUUCAAAGUCACAGACCAAGGUGGUAACGAGCUGUCCAAUCAACCGUUCCAUCUGAACUGGUGCUGGAUAUCAUUCAGUAGUGACCGUUACAAUGUCAGCGAGACACAAGACAUAUUCGAGGUCACACUUCAGCGCACAGGAUAUCUCAGUGAAACAUCAUUUAUCACCAUCACUGCCGAGAACGGGACAGCCAGGAUCGGAGAAGACAUCCGAGAUUGGUUCACCCCACAAGUUCAGUUCAACCCAGGUCAAAAGGUCAAGACAUGGCGGCUCCACCUACAUGAUGAUGACAGAUUUGAAGGUCCAGAGAAGUUCACUCUUCAACUCAGCAAUCCUGUCAUGGCCGCCUUACAGCUUCCUGUCACAUCCAUAGUAACGAUUCAGGAUCCUGAAGAUGAGUCGGUGGUUUCCUUCCCGGAGCAAGAGUUCCGAGUGGCAGAGAACAUCGGGGAAGUUUUAGUUCCUGUCCAUCGGACAGGUGAUCUCACUAACGAGCUCAUGGUCAUCUGUGCUACCAAUACAGGGUCUGCCACGGGUACCCCGCUGACCCCAAAUUAUCCUGCCAUGGAGGUGACAUCAGGAUCGGACUAUAUUUCAAGGCCUGUGCACCACUCCAGUAUAAUCCGGUUUGACCAUGGUCAGCGGGAGAAGUUUUGUACAUUGACCAUCAUUGACGAUUCUCUGUACGAGAUGGAGGAGACCCUAGAGGUCGUACUGAUGGACAUAUUUGGGGGUCGUCUUGGGACGGUCACGAACAUGCAUGUUGUUAUAGAACCGGACCCAGAUGAUGAACCUGUGUUCCACUUUGAACAUGCCAAAUAUACUGUUGACGAGAGUCAAAGAGAGGCUGAGGUUGUGGUUUUGCGUACUGGGACCGACCUUAGCCGUCCUUCAAGUGUGACUGUACGGUCACGACGCACUGACCCUAAAUCUGCCGAGGCUGGCUUUGACUACAUCGCUGUGAACAAAAUUCUCGACUUUGCUCCGGGGGUGUCCGAGAACACACUGAGGAUCCGAAUUCUUGAUGACCUUGGCCGGCCAACCUUGGAGGGUCGAGAGACUUUCCUGGUAGUGCUGAGAAUGCCAAUGGGAGCCAGUCUGGCGUUACCAAGUACAGCUUCCAUCACCAUCGACGACUCGCAGUCUGAUCGCCCCUCCAUGGAGUUUGGCGAGGUACAAUACAUUAGCAGUGAGGAGGAGAAUAAGGUUACAGCCAUUAUUGUCCGUCAUGGAGACAUCAGUCACGGGUCAAGUGUUCGCUGUUACACUAGACAGGGGUCAGCUGAGGUCAGUCUGGACUUCAUAGAGCGGCCGGACACAGACGCUUCACUGGUCAUCUUUAGAGCAGGUGAGAGAGAAAAGCCCUGUGUAGUCAACAUUGUGGAUGACGAUAAAUUUGAAGUGACAGAAGAGCUCCGACUGGUUCUUGGCAGUCCAAACAGUGUGACAGCAGGCGGUGCCAACAUCGGUCUCCAGAACGACACUGUUAUUAAGAUUACGGACGCCAGUGACAAGCCAGUGAUCAAGUUUGCAGAGGACCAGUUCGUGGUGAACGAACCAAUCUUCAAAGAGGACAUAUCUAGACUGACUGUUCCGGUCAUUAGGUCAGGUGACCUGUCAGAGAGGUCAGAGGUCAGAGUGUUUACCAAGGAUGGGUCAGCAAGGGCUGGCCAGGACUAUAAUGGCUUUUCCAGAGUGCUGAUAUUUGAGGAAGGAAUGUCACGUUUGGAUGUGGAGGUGGAGAUUCUGUUUGAUGACAUGAAAGAGAAUCGAGAAGUGUUCACCAUACAUCUACGCCCUAACCACAACAUGGUGGCUGAAGUAAGGAGGAAUGCCAAGGCUAUGGUGUACGUGGAGGAGAAUAAGAAGAUCAUGGACGUCGUGUUUCCCACCCACCCCAUCGUUGUGUCACUCAGGGAUUACGACGAUCCCCUUGGUAACCAUGACAACCCUGUACAUGGAUACCCUGUCAUCUGUAUAACACCCUGUAACCCUAAACAUCCUGACUUCGCCACAUCGACAGGAACACUGUGUCAGACUCAGGAAAUCAACGAUACACUUACAAAGUUCCACUGGAAAGUGGCUCCCCCUAGUGGUCCUGACGGUAUCACAAAGCCUCUUCGGGAACUGGAAGCAUCGACAUUCUUCGCCUCAACAAGGGGAAUAACUCUGGACAGCAUAUACUUCAACAGAGGAAGUAAAGUGCAGUGUCUGGCGCGUGCCGUCAACUUUGAUGGUGAUCCAGGGCGGGAGAUUGAGAGUGUCCCAGUUACUAUUAGUACUGACGAGGGACUCUGUCCUCCCAGGAACCCAGCCUCCAUCGGGUCCGAGCCGUUCAGCAGCCGUCUUAGAUACCUAGGUCCGAGUGACCCUGUCCAUCCUAACAUGGUACGGGUUACCAUAACGAUUCCUCACCACGACGGACUACUUCCUGUGCUGUCCACUCGUCAGCUCUCAAACUUCGAUUUCAUACUUACCCAUAAUGCACUGCGUGUGGCACAACACAAGUGCUCCAACCUGCUGGACAUCAGUGAUCUUCAAGUGACCUCUGGGUUUGGCUUUGUAUCCAAUGAUACCAGGAACCGUAACUCUCUAGGACUAGAGCCGUACCAGUUUAGCUCAACACUGAGGGGUGAUUCAACACUGAGGUUCUACAGGAACUUAGACUUGGAGUCGUGCCUGUGGGAGUUUGAUGGCUAUUUUGACAUGUCCGAGCUUGUGUCGGUAUGCGGAGGAGAAAUCUCCACAGAUGGGCAGCCAAUCAACUUGAAGCAGUCCCGAGUGACCAUGUUUGUUCCGUUGUACGUGUCCUACAUCUUCCACGCCGAGGCCGGAGGUUGGACGGCGGUCAACAUGCAGACUGACCUGGAGCUCAGCUUUGUCUACGACACCGCCAUCUUGUGGCAAAAUGGUAUCACCACAGCACCCAGGUCAAAGUUCAGAGGAUCCUUGUACCCAACUAGUCUACGUAUCCAGGACGACAAACGAUUGAUGGUGACGAUCAGGACUACACCCAACUUCAGGGGCCAGUUUGUCCCUAGUAACUCAGGCACAGGUGUUGUUUCCAUGGUUACCUCUCCUGAUCAUCCAGAUAUGACCUUCACUUUGACCCUGGUCAGGAGUGACCCUACAUUUGACCAGCCCAAUCAGCUGUGGCAGUUUGAAUCGGACUUUGCAGUGAAGGACUACUCCGGGCUGUACCACGUCUCACUGAUCCCCUGCACCGCUGCCAUCUCACAGCCCUACACACUUCCUCCUGUCUGUAACCCCACUGACCCCAUCACCUUUGACCUCCCAAUCAGAUUUCAGCAGACCAGCGAUCCAGUUCCUUCACAAUAUUCACUCAACACGGACUUCAGUCUUUACAACAAACGUUCCCUGUGGUUGUCCCCCGACACUCCUACACUGGGGGACAAGUCUGGCACGACCUUCUCUCCAGGAGAUAAGAUAUAUGGCCGAAUAGAUGUCGACCCUGUCCAGACCUUGGGGUUGGAGUUUGACCUUGGCAUGGAGAAGAUCUAUGUGUGUUCAGGCAAGGAUGGCUACAUCCCAAAGUACGCCCCUACCCGGGGGGAAUACGGGUGUGCCGGGGAGUCAGAAAACCUGGAAUACAGGUUCAAAAUAUUGGACCUCAGGGAUCCACACACGGUGGAUGAGAGCUUUGACGGCAUUCCAUUCAACGCAAGGUUGGCCCAGGAUGACCCAAGUGCUGGGGAUCUCCUCCGCCAACCCGGGGCAGAUGGUUUCUCAGUAGACACCAAGCCUCUCUUUCAGAUGGAUCCAGGGAGGAUGUGGUUUCUCCAUGCAGUGUUUUCCAUGGGUUCCAGUGGGAACCCCAAACAGAAGCGAAGUGCUACAUAUCAUUCCAUGUCGACUGGGGAGGUCAUAGGUCGUGUAAAGCGGGCCGAGACCCCAGAGAAAGGCACAAACAUGGUGCAGAUUGUAUUUAGUGAAGUGCCCCAGGGGGAUAGUGCCCUGGGGUCGUACGAGGUGUCAGAGGAUGGUCGUGAUACGCACUCCAUCAUGUACAUUCUAGUAGGCAUUUGUCUACUGCUGCUCAUCUGUGUCAUUCUCCUCGUCGUCUUCAUCCGACGACGUCACAAACACUCAUCUCCACCCCCUACCCCAACCAAUACUCUGACCGUAGUGUCACGGGAUGGCACCACCAGCGUGCUCUUCCUCGGUGACAAACACAAGAUGGCCGAACAGGAUCGGACGGAGGUGUGACAGAGACUAAUACUCAAUAUGUUCCAAAGCUGUGAUCAUGUGACUUUAUUUAUUUCCUGGUCUUCAUUGUGUUUUAUUUGUUGAACCUGCUCAUGUUAUUCAUAUCAAAACAGCUUUUAGAGGAUGUGACGAGUUCUUUUGACGGAGAAUCUGGUUAUGUCCCUUUGUAUGUGUUUGUGUGUACCAGGCAUAUUGAACUAUCAUCACCUUUCACAAAACAAUUCACCGAGAAUUUUUAAAUCAGCGGAAAAUGUCCAGUGUGAAGUUUUGAGCAACACGUCGUGUAAAUUACUCGUAACCUGUCAGUAUUGUUACAUCAUCAGCUUUAACCUUCGCGUAACCAUAGCAACACUCAUUUAUCAAAAUGUAUAAAGCAAUUAAUGAAAAUAUUUUUAUUCCAAAAUCAUAUCAUGUGGUAUUAUAAAGGCGUCAGGUUUUAUGUUUCAAUGUUUAAGUUAGCGUAUGAACCGGUCAUAUAUAAGUGUCGAUUUCUGAGUGUUAAGUCCACACUUGAUUGUGUAUUAAUAAUUGAUCUUGACCCCUGACCACGACCUCUGACUGAGGAGCCCAAUAUUGCCAUAGCUAAAAUAUAAAAUCAAAUGUUUUUCAUCUGUAGCAUAUACAAUUCUACCCCAUUUAAAAUGUAUUUACUUUGAAGACAAUCAGUCAGUGUCAGGGUAACAUUGUAAUCAAAGACAGGUGCCACUGCAUUAGUACCUGGACUAAAUUUCAUUGUGAUUUAGGUUAUUAGGACAUAGAACAAAAGUAACUUAGAAGUAGCAUAAACGUCGUUUUAUCAAAAAAAAAAGAGGUCAUUGUGAUGAAGUAUAAAGGUCUUUAUGACAUAGAAUAGAGGUCAUUGUGAUGAAGUAUAAGGGUCUUUAUGACAAAGAAUAGAGGUCAUUGUGAUGAAGUAUAAAGGUCUUUAUGACAUAGAAUAGAGGUCAUUGUGAUGAAGUAUAACGGUCUUUAUGACAUAAAAUAAAGGUCAUUUUAAUUGCUUUAUCUUUAGAAAGUCUCGUCUUCCAAAGAGUUGUGUAAUAUUUUGCUUACAGUGAUUGCUGACUUGUGGCGAAUGUUUUUGUACCGUCGUGUGUGAACUUUGUCAAUGUUACUGGAGGGAAAUAAUUGUUGAUGUUAGAACGUACUAUGAUAUUAUUGUGAACCAAGGGAGAUAACUCCCAGAAUGUUUCUCGAGUGAUAUGUUUCCCUGUGUGAAGUAAGCCUUAUAACGCUGUCAAAGGUAUGUGCAUUGGCUUUGCCAAAUUCCAUAUUUGUAUCCAUAUAAUAUAUAUAUUUAUAAGAUGUACAGUGCGUGGUUUUCUGCGGUUGUGUGACGCCAUUGUGAUGAUGUAUAUAAAAAUGUAAUCAAUGUAUUUAUUUACUUACAGUGUAGCGUAUAUAAGUGAUGUUGUGAGAUUGAUAAAAGCAAAAAAAUCAGUCAAGGGAAACCAACCGUGUCAAUUAAAUUGUACUUAAUACGCAUUCUAAAUGAUAAAAGUCAAUGUACUACUUAGCGUGAACCUGAAGUGAUAUAUCGUAGAUUGGCCCAUGUCACCUAAAUUUGACGAUCUUUCUCAAUCACACUAAAACACGUCUGCUUUAGCUUCGUAAACUGAUGCUUGACUAUUUAUAACUACAGCAAAUCAUUAUCAUGGAUUGUUUUCAAACCGUUGGAAAGUGUGGAUCUCAGAAUCAUCAAAUCAUGUAACUGAUAUUUGUAAAUGUUUUUUUAUACAUGUAUAUAACUGUUCAAUGGUUUAUGAUAAUUUUUUUUAUGUGAAGCGUUUGGACUCUGUUUUAUCUGUUGCUUUAGUGUGAUAAAUUGAUACUGAACUUUUUUUGGACUGUAGUACAUUGGACUGUGCUCUGGGCUGUAGUUUAGACUGUUCUAGGAUUGUAUGAUUCUGUUGGAAGCCAGUGGCUGGCCGUUUUUUUGUUUUUUUAUUAUUGUUUAUGUUUUUACGAUAAAUUUACAAACUGGCAUCAACCUAACGUCUAACAGAAACACUUUUUUGAGAAAUACAGAAGAAAGAUUCCUGACAUUUUUAUUAGCUUAGUGUCUAGAACUGUUUGUAUAUGUAUUUUGUAUUUAGCUUACUUUAACACUGAGAUUAGCCUGACGUAGAUAGACUCCCGAUUGUUAUACUCUGAUAGAGCCACUUCCUGUGUGUUGUGUGCGGAGAAUUGUUGAAGUUUUUUUUGCAAUAUAAUUGUGCCAAUACAACUAACCAAGUUACCUCCCCUUCUCUUGUUUUUGUUGUAACCAUGGCAACUAUGGUUGUCAUGAUUUUUUUGAUUUUUUUUUGUAUUGAAGCAAGGGCAUCCUGAAUUUGAUGUAAUAUAAAAAUACUCAUUCAUAGAUCUCCGCAAGAUUAUCGCUAGUAGUCCAGGCCUACAAAUCACAGCUUUGUUGUCAAAUAUGGUCAAUAUUUAAUUUUAUUCACGAAAAAUAAGUUUUAGUGUGCCUUAAAGAUCAUGAUUCGGAAGAGAAAUAUUGUUAUUUUGUUUCAGGGAAUAUUUUUUUUCUUUUUGUAAUCCAAUUGUAUUUUUCUAAAAAUAGUCAAAUUCUGUGUUUGUUAUUACUGGGCGAUAAAUACAUUGUAAUACUUUUUUUUCUACAAAUACAUUGUAAUACUACCAGGAUGCAAAUACUCUGUAUUACAAUUAGAGAUGAAACUGACAUAUUACGAAUAUUGGAUGAAUAUUUAAUAAAAAACGAUGAAGUGCAUCAAAACAUGAAAAUUAAUAGUAUUAAUUUAGAUGUAUAGUGAGUAUGAACAAUGUGGAAUAGUGGCCUUGUUUUAUUACUUACAUCCUUUUGCCGUUGUCCUCACUGACCUCUAACCCCUGUUCCCAGCCUCCUGUAAGCCCCGCCCUCUUUAUGUGAUUUGUCUAGUAGAUAGAUACUGCUAGGCCUUGUGGUAGGCAUCGUGAAAGCCUCAAAUACAGACAUUUGACAGACAAAUCAAUUGUUUUUGUAAUUGUAUGCUAAUAAAAAUACAUGUCUAUACCAUGCUCAACAUAAUAAGUGUCCUGGCAUGGACACUAAACAAUUUUGGAAAAUAUUUCGCAUAAUUAAUCGCAGAACUUAUAGACAUUUGACAGACAAAUCCGAUGUUUUUGUAAUUGUACCAUGCACAACAUAAUAAAUGCCCUGGGUGAUACCGGUCAGUUUAUGUUCUAGGUUGAUACCGGUCAGUUUAAGGUCUAGGUUGAUACUGGUCAGUUUAUGGUCUAGGUUGAUACUGGUCAGUUUAUGGUCUAGGUUAAUACCGGUCAGUUUAUGGUCUAGCUUAAUACCGGUCAGUUUAUGGUCUAGGUUGAUACCGGUCAGUUUAAGGUCUAGGUUGAUACUGGUCAGUUUAUGGUCUAUAGACUAAUCAAACUAUGGUUUAACCUAUAAUUAACUGCAACAAAGACAAAACCACUUGAAUCACAAAUUAUAUACGUCUAUUAACCCUCCACAAAAAAUCGGACAACGAAAAAAAUCGGGAAGUUGUUUAUUUCGCUGAUUUAAUAUUGCAAUUUUGAUCGUAAAUUGUAUGGCAUGUACGGGCCGCCGUAGACUGAAGAGUUGCCAAAGGGAGAUAAUGCCGAUAUGCAGACGAAUUUUCUCGCUGGGAUAAUUUUAAUAUUGGUGAGUAUAUGUAACUGUUGUUAUGGCUUGUACUAGGUUGAUACUGGUCAGUUUAAUGUUUAUGUUGAUACCUGUCAGUUAUUGGUAUAUAAAUGCUAUGAUAUUACAAUCAUGUAUAAUGUAACUAUAGUUGCCAUAUCUAUUUUAUGUUUGUGACAGAAAUGUCAGAUGACCCAUGUAGCUUGUAUGUGUCUAGUAACCAGGGUUUCUGCCUGAAGACCAGGGUUUCUGUGUAGAGACCAGGGUUUUCGCCUUGUAACCAUGGUUUCUGUGUAGAGACCAGGGUUUCUGUUGAGACCAGGGUUUCUGCCUGAAGACCAUGGUUUCUGAGUAGAGACCAGGGUUUCUGCCUAAAGACCAUGGUUUCUGUGUAGAGACCAGGGUUUCUGCCUGAAGACCAUGGUUUCUGUGUAGAGACAAGGGUUUUUGCCUUGUAAUCAUGGUCUAUGUGUAGAAACCAGGAUUUUCUGUGUAGUGACCAUGGUUUCUGUUUGGUGACCAGGUUUUCUGUGGUUCCUGUGUGAUGAUCAGGAUUCCGUGUACAAUUCAUUUAAACACCUUGAAGCACUAUGAUAAUGGAUAAAUUGUAUUUGUGUUUGAUCUGUAACAUGUUAACAUGAAAUGUACACUUUUAUCUGCUAGAGAUACUACAACAAAGAGUAAAUAGAACAGAUGUCAUUAAAUACUCAAAGGGAGACCACUCUGUCAGCAUGAUAUUAUUUCAAAAUUUCCCAUCAAAACAUUUCCUAGGAAAAUUUGAAUAUUACAUGAUUAUUAAAUUUUAACACACUGCAGGCACAAUGAGAACUAUUCAUUGGAAAUAAAAUAUAUAAAACUGGAGUUUUGUUGAUAGGUGUGAGUGAGAAUGGGGCUGGUUUGUUUUGUGAGUGUGAGUGAUGAUAUUGCUGUGAUGAGAGAGGUACAUAGUGAGGAGAGAGAGGUGACCCAUUACUGUCACUAUUGACAUAAACUUAUGGGAUGCAAUAAAUAGUUGUCAACUAA